AUGCAGCAGCUCAAGCCGACUCGUCUCCCUUCGCUGCAGCUAGUUGUUCGCCAGGUGAGUCUUGAGUUGCUGCCUUUGUUGCGAGGUGUGGCCCGUCUCAGCAGCUUUCCGCUGGUUCUCGGCACCUGCGUACCGGAAUCAGCUUUGCCACCGCGUGGGACGAGCCACCUCGGUUCUCCGCCACUGGUGCCUGACGCCGCCAGCCUUGGUCCCCUUCUGCCGGCACAAAGCGCAAUGCGUCUUGGACUUAUUUUGUCGGUUCUUGGCUUCGUACAGAUGGACUUGCCCUCAGCAGCCUCGGGGUCGGCAGAUCUUGAGCCACCUCCGCCUCCAAAGGGAGUGGCGUGGCUCGGUGCUUUCUUGUUUGUGCCAGACCCUGUGUGCCCUGGUUUGUCCCCACCGCCACGCGGAGCUUCGCACCCUGCUUUUCCCAUGCUUGUGCCAGGGCUAACCCAGUUGGGAUCAGUUCUUCCUCUGCAAGGUGUGGCGCGCCUGGACCCCGCAUCAUCUGCAUCAGCAGCUGCAGAGCCAGGCCCAUUCUCAUUCCUUCAAAGCUAUUCUUGUUCAGGGUUUUCGCCACCGGCUCCGGAUGCUGCUACUCUGGGUCCCGCGCCGUCCUGCAGAGGCUUCGCCUGUAUUGGUGCCCUGCCGUCACCUUUGGGUUCAGCACGUGCUGGCCUCCUCUUACCUGCUCCUGAUCGCACGCAGCUUGGCUUCUUUCUGCUCCUACACGGCAUGGCAUGGCCUGGCCUCCUGUUGCCCGCAAUGGGCAUGCUGAAUUCGGGCCCGCCUCUGCCUGCUCGUGAAAUUGCAAAGUCUGGCGCACGCGUUUGGCAGGUCACUGAGUUAGAGCUGUCGAGCGGCCUUAGUGUCCGCGGUAUUACCAAGUGCGGUUCGGCGCCCUUUGUUUUUGCUGCGGUGCGGCCUGCAUCUUCACUGUUCGUGCCUGAUUCCGGGACAUCAGAUUCGCCGCUUCCGCUGCGGGGUGCUGCUCACUUUGGCCUUGGACUGCUUGUGUUUGACCUUGCGCACCUGGAACUGCCCCUGCUACUGCAGGGUGUUGCCAGACUGGGUUUCACGGUGCUUGCAUUGAACCCUGCUAGUCCUGGACCCGUGCUGUCAAUCCGUGGCAUUGUACAUGUGGGUCUGAAGCUGUCAGUUCUGGACACUGUUGAUCCCGGCUCCUCGCCAUUACCACGUGGUGCCAGCUGCACCGCAUCAGCACCCUUUGUCCUCGGUGCUUGCAGCCUUGAACUGACACUUUUCUCGCACAGCGCAGCUAGAUCAGAUCUGCCGCCUUCCGCGCUCGACGUUGCGCAGCUGGACCUUCCGGUGCUGCUCAGGGGCUUGGCCCGCUUGGACCCAGCACCUUCCACACCUGACGUGACACGAUGUGGUUUCACGCCGUCUCUGCGAAGCUGUGUUCGAGCAGGAAGUAUGCUGCCAGUUCUUGGAUUGGGUGCACUUGGCUCUUUGGUGUCAGCCACAGGGGACACGUUGCUUGGAUCACCGCUCUCGGUGCAAAGCUUGGUCAGAAUGGGGCUCGCCUCAUUUGUGCUCGACCUUGCGAAGGUGGGCCCACCAUCGCCGCUCCACAGCCUUGCCCAAUCGGGUAGCAGCCUGUCAGUCUGUGGAUGCGUGUGCCUUGCAUCCACCCUUUCGGCUGAAGGAUCUGCGCAAUCGAGGCCCUUGCUGCCUGCCACCGAUGCCUCAAACCCUGCCUCUUCCCUGUUUGUUAGAUCCCUUGUCCAACCUGGCAGCCCAUCGCUGGCGACUGGAGUUACAGAUCCUGGCUUUUUCCCUUCACCACAUGGAGUGUGUCGCUCAGAGUUACCGACAAGCAUCCUUGGUUCAGCUCGCCUGGGCCCCUGCGCGCCUGUGAUGGGCCCUUCCACUUUGGACAGCCUCCCGUUCUUGAGAGGAGCCUCACAACCUGACCUGGCCUUGCCAGCAGUAGAUAGUUGUUCGCCAGGAAGCUCUCUGCCGCUCCGCGGAGUGUCCCGCACGGAUGCCGCUUUGCCUGUUUGCUCUGAGGUGAGUCUUGAGUUGCUGCCUUUGUUGCGAGGUGUGGCCCGUCUCAGCAGCUUUCCGCUGGUUCUCGGCACCUGCGUACCGGAAUCAGCUUUGCCACCGCGUGGGACGAGCCACCUCGGUUCUCCGCCACUGGUGCCUGACGCCGCCAGCCUUGGUCCCCUUCUGCCGGCACAAAGCGCAAUGCGUCUUGGACUUAUUUUGUCGGUUCUUGGCUUCGUACAGAUGGACUUGCUUUCAGCAGCCUCGGGGUCGGCAGAUCUUGAGCCACCUCCGCCUCCAAAGGGAGUGGCGUGGCUCGGUGCUUUCUUGUUUGUGCCAGACCCUGUGUGCCCUGGUUUGUCCCCACCGCCACGCGGAGCUUCGCACCCUGCUUUUCCCAUGCUUGUGCUAGGGCUAACCCAGUUGGGAUCAGUUCUUCCUCUGCAAGGUGUGGCGCGCCUGGACCCCGCAUCAUCUGCAUCAGCAGCUGCAGAGCCAGGCCCAUUCUCAUUCCUUCAAAGCUAUUCUUGUUCAGGGUUUUCGCCACCGGCUCCGGAUGCUGCUACUCUGGGUCCCGCGCCGUCCUGCAGAGGCUUCGCCUGUAUUGGUGCCCUGCCGUCACCUUUGGGUUCAGCACGUGCUGGCCUCCUCUUACCUGCUCCUGAUCGCACGCAGCUUGGUUUCUUUCUGCUCCUACACGGCAUGGCAUGGCCUGGCCUCCUGUUGCCCGCAAUGGGCAUGCUGAAUUCGGGCCUGCCUCUGCCUGCACAUCAGAUUGCCAAGUCUGGCGCAGGUGCGCAGAUCAGCGAGCUGCAGCUGUCCAGUAGCUGCAGCACGCGGAGCUUUUGCCGGCUGGGCUCGUCACUCUCUGUUUUUGCAGCGGUGCGGCCUGCAUCUUUACUGUUCGUGCCUGAUUCCGGGACAUCAGAUUCGCCGCUUCCGCUGCGGGGUGCUGCUCACUUUGGCCUUGGACUGCUUGUGUUUGACCUUGCGCACCUGGAACUGCCCCUGCUACUGCAGGGUGUUGCCAGACUGGGUUUCACGGUGCUUGCAUUGAACCCUGCUAGUCCUGGACCCGUGCUGUCAAUCCGUGGCAUUGUACAUGUGGGUCUGAAGCUGUCAGUUCUGGACACUGUUGAUCCCGGCUCCUCGCCAUUACCACGUGGUGCCAGCUGCACCGCAUCAGCACCCUUUGUCCUCGGUGCUUGCAGCCUUGAACUGACACUUUUCUCGCACAGCGCAGCUAGAUCAGAUCUGCCGCCUUCCGCGCUCGACGUUGCGCAGCUGGACCUUCCGGUGCUGCUCAGGGGCUUGGCCCGCUUGGACCCAGCACCUUCCACACCUGACGUGACACGAUGUGGUUUCACGCCGUCUCUGCGAAGCUGUGUUCGAGCAGGAAGUAUGCUGCCAGUUCUUGGAUUGGGUGCACUUGGCUCUUUGGUGUCAGCCACAGGGGACACGUUGCUUGGAUCACCGCUCUCGGUGCAAAGCUUGGUCAGAAUGGGGCUCGCCUCAUUUGUGCUCGACCUUGCGAAGGUGGGCCCACCAUCGCCGCUCCACAGCCUUGCCCAAUCGGGUAGCAGCCUGUCAGUCUGUGGAUGCGUGUGCCUUGCAUCCACCCUUUCGGCUGAAGGAUCUGCGCAAUCGAGGCCCUUGCUGCCUGCCACCGAUGCCUCAAACCCUGCCUCUUCCCUGUUUGUUAGAUCCCUUGUCCAACCUGGCAGCCCAUCGCUGGCGACUGGAGUUACAGAUCCUGGCUUUUUCCCUUCACCACAUGGAGUGUGUCGCUCAGAGUUACCGACAAGCAUCCUUGGUUCAGCUCGCCUGGGCCCCUGCGCGCCUGUGAUGGGCCCUUCCACUUUGGACAGCCUCCCGUUCUUGAGAGGAGCCUCACAACCUGACCUGGCCUUGCCAGCAGUAGAUAGUUGUUCGCCAGGAAGCUCUCUGCCGCUCCGCGGAGUGUCCCGCACGGAUGCCGCUUUGCCUGUUUGCUCUGAGGUGAGUCUUGAGUUGCUGCCUUUGUUGCGAGGUGUGGCCCGUCUCAGCAGCUUUCCGCUGGUUCUCGGCACCUGCGUACCGGAAUCAGCUUUGCCACCGCGUGGGACGAGCCACCUCGGUUCUCCGCCACUGGUGCCUGACGCCGCCAGCCUUGGUCCCCUUCUGCCGGCACAAAGCGCAAUGCGUCUUGGACUUAUUUUGUCGGUUCUUGGCUUCGUACAGAUGGACUUGCUUUCAGCAGCCUCGGGGUCGGCAGAUCUUGAGCCACCUCCGCCUCCAAAGGGAGUGGCGUGGCUCGGUGCUUUCUUGUUUGUGCCAGACCCUGUGUGCCCUGGUUUGUCCCCACCGCCACGCGGAGCUUCGCACCCUGCUUUUCCCAUGCUUGUGCUAGGGCUAACCCAGUUGGGAUCAGUUCUUCCUCUGCAAGGUGUGGCGCGCCUGGACCCCGCAUCAUCUGCAUCAGCAGCUGCAGAGCCAGGCCCAUUCUCAUUCCUUCAAAGCUAUUCUUGUUCAGGGUUUUCGCCACCGGCUCCGGAUGCUGCUACUCUGGGUCCCGCGCCGUCCUGCAGAGGCUUCGCCUGUAUUGGUGCCCUGCCGUCACCUUUGGGUUCAGCACGUGCUGGCCUCCUCUUACCUGCUCCUGAUCGCACGCAGCUUGGUUUCUUUCUGCUCCUACACGGCAUGGCAUGGCCUGGCCUCCUGUUGCCCGCAAUGGGCAUGCUGAAUUCGGGCCUGCCUCUGCCUGCACAUCAGAUUGCCAAGUCUGGCGCAGGUGCGCAGAUCAGCGAGCUGCAGCUGUCCAGUAGCUGCAGCACACGGAGCUUUUGCCGGCUGGGCUCGUCACUCUCUGUUUUUGCAGCGGUGCGGCCUGCAUCUUUACUGUUCGUGCCUGAUUCCGGGACAUCAGAUUCGCCGCUUCCGCUGCGGGGUGCUGCUCACUUUGGCCUUGGACUGCUUGUGUUUGACCUUGCGCACCUGGAACUGCCCCUGCUACUGCAGGGUGUUGCCAGACUGGGUUUCACAGUGCUUGCAUUGAACCCUGCUAGUCCUGGACCCGUGCUGUCAAUCCGUGGCAUUGUACAUGUGGGUCUGAAGCUGUCAGUUCUGGACACUGUUGAUCCCGGCUCCUCUCCAUUACCACGUGGUGCCAGCUGCACCGCAUCAGCACCCUUUGUCCUCGGUGCUUGCAGCCUUGAACUGACACUUUUCUCGCACAGCGCAGCUAGAUCAGAUCUGCCGCCUUCCGCGCUCGACGUUGCGCAGCUGGACCUUCCGGUGCUGCUCAGGGGCUUGGCCCGCUUGGACCCAGCACCUUCCACACCUGACGUGACACGAUGUGGUUUCACGCCGUCUCUGCGAAGCUGUGUUCGAGCAGGAAGUAUGCUGCCAGUUCUUGGAUUGGGUGCACUUGGCUCUUUGGUGUCAGCCACAGGGGACACGUUGCUUGGAUCACCGCUCUCGGUGCAAAGCUUGGUCAGAAUGGGGCUCGCCUCAUUUGUGCUCGACCUUGCGAAGGUGGGCCCACCAUCGCCGCUCCACAGCCUUGCCCAAUCGGGUAGCAGCCUGUCAGUCUGUGGAUGCGUGUGCCUGGAGACGAUCCUGCCUGCCCUGGAUGCCACCCACCUUGGCUUAUCACUGCUGGCAAGGAAUCUGGUGCACCUCGAGCUGUUCUUGCUACCCGCAGGCCUGUCUACAGCGGAAUGGUUGUCGCCAGCAGCCGACGCAUCACGCUUGGACUCUCCUCCACCAACCAGAAACCCGGCCUGCCCUGAUGAUGCUCCAUCUGCGCCAUCGUCAGCACAUAUCGACUUCUUUCUGCCAUUGCACGGCUUUGCUCGAGCAGAAUCGGUGCCAUCUAUUUUUGGCAGCGCUCGACUAAGCUCCAGCCUUGUUGUUCAGGCUUCAACCCAGCCGGAGUUCUCUCCAUUGGCAUCGGGCGCGGCAGCUUCAGACCCCUCCCUGCUUUUGCGCGGCUGCACCCAACUGGGAUCCGCGCUCCUCGCGCCAGGCUGCUCUAGCCCGGGUAGCUCUUUGUUGCUUCAAGGCGCUGCAAGGCUCGGCCUGGCCCUCUUGGCUUUGGGUUUGGUCGAGCUCGGCUUUCUUCUGUCUGUUCGGUCUUUUGCCCGCGCAGGGAAUGGCUUGAUCGGACUCUGGGCUGCCAGCAUGCGAUUCCACAGCACCGGGCUUUUUGUCAUCGCUGCGCUCCUCCGCAAAGUUGGGACUGGACUUGUCGACUUUGGGUACCUGCCGCUCAGCCCUGCGCUCUUUGCCUUGAGCUCUGUCGUCCCUGGCUCGUUCCUUUCGCUUCACAGCACGGCCAGGCUUGGAAUCGAAUCGCCCGCUCUGGGACUGGCGAACUCGGAGUCAGCCUUCCCUGUACGAGCACGUGCAUGCCCAGGCUUUGUUAUGCCUUCAUUUGGCGUUGCUCAACCUGAGCUCUGUUCUUCUGCCUUUGACGUUUCCAAUCUCGAGUUUCCGAUGCCGCUCAGAAGUGCUGCCUGGCCAGAGCCACCACUCCCUGUCAGUCAGCUACUGCACGCCAGCGGAAUGCUUCGUGCUGAUGCAAUGUCAUUUGUUCUGGACAGUGCUAACUCAGAGUCUCCUCCGUUGCCACGCGGCUGUUCCAAGCUGGGAUCCGCACUCCUCGCGCCAGACUGCUCUAGCCCGGGUAGCUUUUUGUUGCUUCAAGGCGCUGCAAGGCUCGGCCUGGCCCUCUUGGCUUUGGGUUUGGUCGAGCUCGGCUUUUUCCUGCCAGUUCGGUCUUUUGUCCGCGCAGGUUGCAAAAUAGAAUCCGUGUCGUCCGCGUUGGGUGGCGUGAAGCUCGAGUUUCUUUUGUCUUUGCAUGGCUAUUCAUGCGCUGGAUGGGUGUUGUCUCUUUUCAGCGAUGCAGCACUGGGCUUGCCAAUGUUCACUCGCAGUUUGGCACAGCCAGGCUUUCUGAUGUUUGCAUUUGAAGCGGCUGAGCCCGGAAGUUCUUUGCCUUUGCACUGCCCCAUUUGCACGGCUUUCUUGAUGUCUGCCCUCGGCUGCGCCCGGCCAGGGUCUGUCCUACUUGUCCCAGACACUUCAACUUUGGACAGCCUCUUGUUGUUGAGAAGUGCUGCCCGGCCAGAACCGCUACUUUUCCUCUAUGGAGAGCUUCGUGUUGGUACAUCGUUGUCUGUCCCGAACUGUGUUAACUUGGGACCCUCACCACCUCUGCAUGGCUGCACCCAACUGGGAUCCGCGCUCCUCGCGCUAGGCUGCUCUAGCCCGGGUAGCCUUUUGUUGCUUCAAGGCGCUGCAAGGCUCGGCCCGGCCCUCUUGGCUUUGGGUUUGGUCGAGCUCGGCUUUUUCCUGCCCGUUCGGUCUUUUGCCCGCGCAGGGAAUGGCUUGAUCGGACUCUGGGCUGCCAGCAUGCGAUUCCACAGCACCGGGCUUUUUGUCAUCGCUGCGCUCCUCCGCAAAGUUGGGACUGGACUUGUCGACAUUGGGUUUGCCGUUGUCGCCAAGAGGUGUAACCAGACCUGGCCUCUGCCUGCCAGUCUGCCGCUACUUGCGUCAGACAUGUCUAAUCUGGGGUGUUUCCUUUCCGUGCGGAGCCUCAGCCACACUGACUCAGCUCUGCUGGCACGCGAGCUGACACAGCCAGAGUUCUCAUCGUUGGCCUCGGGCGCGGCAGCUUCAGACCCCUCCCUGCUUUUGCGCGGCUGCACCCAACUGGGAUCCGCGCUCCUCGCGCUAGGCUGCUCUAGCCCGGGUAGCCUUUUGUUGCUUCAAGGCGCUGCAAGGCUCGGCCCGGCCCUCUUGGCUUUGGGUUUGGUCGAGCUCGGCUUUUUCCUGCCCGUUCGGUCUUUUGCCCGCGCAGGGAAUGGCUUGAUCGGACUCUGGGCUGCCAGCAUGCGAUUCCACAGCACCGGGCUUUUUGUCAUCGCUGCGCUCCUCCGCAAAGUUGGGACUGGACUUGUCGACAUUGGGUUUGCCGUUGUCGCCAAGAGGUGUAACCAGACCUGGCCUCUGCCUGCCAGAGCAGCGUGCCUUGGUUCAGACUUGUUGGCACCUUCCUCGACUCACCUAGACUUACUUUUGCUUCUGCAUGGCAUUGCCCACCUGAGCUCAUCGCUCCCUUUGCUCGGAUGCGCAUGUGCAGGUCUGCCGCUACUUGCGUCAGACAUGUCUAAUCUGGGGUGUUUCCUUUCCGUGCGGAGCCUCAGCCACACUGACUCAGCUCUGCUGGCACGCGAGCUGACACAGCCAGAGUUCUCAUCGUUGGCCUCGGGCGCGGCAGCUUCAGACCCCUCCCUGCUUUUGCGCGGCUGCACCCAGCUGGGAUUGAGCCCGUCAGCUUUGAGCAUGGCGCACCUUGAGAGCGCAUCGCUGCUGCAAGGCAUUGCCCAGCCUGGUCCAAGCACGCUGGCUUUGGGCUCGGUCGAUCCUGCACCUUUGCUGUUUGUACAAUCACUUGUUUGA